AUGGGGUUUUCCAUGGUGGCAUCUCCACCCAAGGUGUUUUACAUUAAACCAAGCAGGAAGACCCCUUGGGGACUCCAGGCAGUCGCUGUAAUCCCUUGGUUCAGACUCCCCCCACCAACAAAGGAGUCCAUCACUAUCCCACCGCAACAGACUGAUGUACAGAAUGGCAGCAAGGAGUGUGAUGUCACAAGCACACUCCCUGCUGCUCAGUCUGUGAACACGUACAACAGCCCCGAGCCCGCUCAGAGGAGAGAUCUGCCCACCCAGCUCACCUAUGAUUCGCCGGUCAGCGGAGCUCCUGCUGCAGCUGCACCAGCUCCAGCGGCGGCAGUCGAAUCUGGAGCCGAGGGCCGUGGAGCUCCACUCACCUCCAUUCAGAUGAACUUUGUCCGUAAUAUGAUCCAUGAGGCACUGGAAGACUUCAGGGACACUUGUCAUAGAGACAUUAUCCAGAAUCCUACAGGUGGAGAUGAAGUUUUUUAA